AAAUGAGAUUGAGAUGGCCAUGCUGCGCGCGAAAAGUGACUCUUCCGCAAACCGAAGAGACGUGAACAAGAGUGCCUCCAUCGGCUCCGCGCCCUCUGCAUACAAUGAGGAGAAGCCAGGCGUGUCAGCGACACCAUCCCGUGGUACGAUGAGAAACUUCAUCAGAGUAGAUAGUGUCAACAUGACAAAAACCCCUGCUAGCGCUAGCUCUUCAACUUUGGCGGCUGCUGCAAGUCACUACAGUCCGCCGUAUGUUUCGUACAAUUACUAUCCACACCCUGCGGAGUUCGAUUUUCACAUGUACAUGCUGAUGCUUGGGGCGAAAAACCAACUUUAUGCCGACAAGCUUAUUCACCUUGUAUCUUUUUACAUUGGUAGUUUCAUGAUCUCUACCUUAAUACCAUCGCUUUGGAUCAUGUUGUCCUUGCUUGUUCCUUUUGUGUCACGAACAAUAACUACCUCGUCUAACCCCUACAAAUGCUGAAUAAAACCUUUGUGCAACGGUGUUUACACGUUGUGGGAACUCGAGUACGAAGACUAUGGGAGUACUUGGUGGAUGAGGACGGACGGCGUGCCAAGAUUUUACAGGAGGAACAACAGAAGGUUGAGGAAUUGGAACAACAGGCAGACGAGCUUUGGCAAAAAUUCGGUAUUCCUCUACAUUUUCUAACCCUCGCAUACGAAGAUGACGAUUUGGAGUCGGGCUUCAAGUUAAGAGAGCAGGGACUCCUGGUUUAUUGUUGUUCGUUGAGAAUCUUUUUAAUUUCAUAUAUUUUCGACACAGGAGGUGGGGGUGCGUUUCGGCAUGUAAAGCGCGUUGCUUAUCUUGCUGCAAUUUCAAUAUGGUAGAUUUCUGUGAUUCUGAGAUGUACCCAGUACUCAGUAGAUGAACUUCGGAGAUGUAAGUACUCUUGGGCUCUUUUCCAGCAGUAGAAGUCUAAUCCUGCUUGACCACGUACGGCGAAGUAAACGCUUUGUUCGUUACACAAGUUUCCUCAUACCGCUGGUGCUUGUCUGCCUGAGCCGUGGGCGUGCGGACCACCACAGACCUCUUGUUGCUACAACACCGAUUUUGUCAGUAACCCCAGUUCUGUUUUUCUUGCAUUGGGGCAUCAUCACGUUCACAAACGAAGUUCAUUCGCACUUUCACGGUGUGCUUUUCCUGUGCUCCAUCAUCUCGAUGUUGAGUUUCAUCUACCUCGUGGCCUUUGUGCAGCCGACGAGCUUACCCAACUACGAUCGCGAUAGAGACCAGUGGCAAAACUUCCUCGGGGAAUUGUUUCCUCUGAAUACGGAGUCGCAGAUAGUGGCUUUUGUGGUUUUGAACGCAACGACGUUCCGGCUGCCCUUCGUGCUGCUGAUGUGGUCCACAGUGUUGUUCAUCGGAUUGCUCUACGCGGCCUACGUGACUGCGCUCGGAACGUAUGCGGCGAGCGAUCUCGGAGGAUGGAUGGAAAUGUGCCAUUGCACGAACCACGGCAUCGAGUUGACUACUCGGGAAAAAUACAGCGCUGAUUACGCAGAGGAGUCAACCGCUUCAAGUUUGCACUACAUCAAUGGCGUCUUGCAGGAACACUGCGAUCUGCCCACAACCAGCCGGUGCGUCCAGCAGCGCAAGCGCUACGGGAACAGCAUGUGGAUUCACUUUCUCAUCCCGGAUUUUCCCUUUGUGAUAUGUGUCGCGAUACUGAUGCUGAUUUUGGCCUACCUGCUGGAGGUAUUGCAGCGACGAGAUUACAUCCAGUCCACAAGAGUGUUUCAAGAGAUUGCGCGCAAUGAACAACUGCUGGAUAACAUCUUUCCUCGGCACAUCGUCGCCCGCAUUAUGGGGGCGCGGAGCGAAGACGGUGACCUACACCACCUGCACGACAUCAUGAAAAAUUCCAUUGUCCGUGACCCAGCUCAUCAGACUCCCACUCCUGGUGACGCAGCCCGAUUGGGGCAGAGGGUGGAUGGCAUGCGACCCCUUCUCCAACAAGGUGGAGGUAUUCGAGGCAUCCCGACGACUGGGGAACAAGGUGGAAUCCGUGGAAUUCCUCAGCAAGGCACGCAGACCCUGCCGCAAAAAAGCAUUUCGCUUUUUGCUGACUAUUACAACAGUUGCAGCAUUUUUUUCGCAGACAUUGUACGAUUCACGGAUCUGAGCUCCCGAACAACACCGGAGGAGCUGGUGAAAAGCCUCAACACCAUGUUUGGAAUCUGGGAUUCCUAUGCUACGGUACAAAACCUUAAUACAAUAUCUUUCACGCUGAUCUGAAGGUCCUUAUGACGCGAACUACAUCGUGUAGUUUAUGCAAAUCCUAGGAAGUUUGCUCGCAGCAGAGGACAAAUCCGUCGAUCGUAUCUUUUCAUGACUUUCGCGAGCCUCAUUUCCGUGUUUAUCAUCACAUCUAUCAGCGCAACGGCGUCGUGAAGAUCAAGACGAUAGGGGAUUGCUAUAUGGCUGCGGCUGGUUUGGAAGACCAAAAUCCUGAACAUGCGAAGACUCUGUGCAAGUUCGGGCUGGAAGUUCUGAAGAAAUUAGCGACUGGAAACCUAAAGAUUGGAGAUACGCGGGGAGAGCAGCACACCAUUCAAAUGCGGUUAGGAAUUCACUCUGGAUCCGCUGUCGCAGGCGUGAUUGGCCGUGUACGGUUCAGCUACGACGUGUGGGGCGAAGCUGUGCAUCUCGCAAAUCGCAUGGAGUCUGAAGGAGAGCCAGGAAAACUACAUGUUUCGAAUAUUAUGAAGAACGAGCAGGAGGAGCGCUAUUUGAAAAUUUCUGUUUCUUUGUUUGGAAUCAAACGACACGUGAGUUGCUAGACGAAACGACUCUUGUUGUUAUAUAUAAAUAUUAUAAAUCUCUUUUCCUAAGCCAGCUUUUCCUUUUUCACUCCCGCUUCGGCCCUCUACUCUUUCAUGGUAAAAACGCAUGAGCUGAUUUUCGAUGAUUUUGAAUGUGAGGAGCGGAACUUGCCUUGCUUCUCCUUUCCGACGUAUUUCGUCAAUACUCUGAAGCCUGCGGCCUUGGACAAGUGCUUUGUGAACGAUCAGGGACCGAACUUAGCCAUGAACACUCUACAAUCCGCACUCGAGUUCGCGGUGACACGUCCAAUGGACGAUGAUGAGAUGGCUAAUCCACUGGAAUACGAUUUGAAUUUAUGAUACAUUGCCGAAUAGAUUCGAAUCCUCAUGAUACAACAGUACUUCCUUUUAUUCAGCCACUUUUUGUUGUGGGUUUCAAGUUAGGCUUUUCUGCGAAGAAGUCAAUGAAAAUUCUCUAAUAUAGAAUGCCAGCAACAAGGAUGGAACAGAGAGAUUCGAUCUUUUUGCUCCAGCUCCUAGCCGAAUCGACCCAGCCACCGGACGUCGCGAGUGGACCCACCGGGAUAAAGUGGGAUUGCUGAAUUUAUGACCUGUAUUUUAAAUCGCGUUCGCGUAUCGUUCUGCGUGUCCGUGGUACUUACUUAGAUUCACAAGCGAUUAUGUCAUAAAAACGUAGAUCUUGUUUGCUGUUAUUUUGAUCCUCUUUUAUUCCAGAUAUGAUAAAUUCAAGCUGUAGUAACCUCUAAAAAUGGAUAUGAUUGCGGAUUUCGUUACAGAGUUGGCGCAAAACACGAGUGGCCAUCCUCGGGUAGACGGGCGAAAAAGCACAGGGAUGGAAACUAUCAAACCGAAACGCAAUCCAACGAGACAUGUUGGGUAAAUAUUAUGAAUUUCUACUACUAGUUUGGUGCAUGCGGGUGGAGCUACUUGAUGUUGCAGCGAAAGUCUUUCGGGUGCGGGAGCGGUCGGUAGUACGAAGUUAGAGCGAUCUGGGGAAACUCCAAAAAAAAGGAAAGAUCUUGGAAUGUUGAGAAAAAUAAUGAUGGACUUUCUUAUGUUUUGAAUACAUCUAGAGAUAAAUUUUAUGCUUAUCCCUUCAUGCAAUACAAACGUCGAUAUUGACGAGUACCCAUGUGGGGGUUCAUUCGUCAUCAUCUCGUAAUGUUGAAUCACGAAUCAUAUCACAAUGUUUUUUAGUCCAAACGAUUGCAGUUCGUUGUCUAAUUUAUGCUUUUGGCGAGACAGAGAGGCUAUGCUUAUCAUCAAUUUUGCGUAAUUAUGUGUCUACUUUCAUUCUACAUCUACUUUUAAGUUCUAACCACACAAUUGCUCUGAAGCGAGCAUAAAAAAUAAAAUCAAGUUCUACGACAAGCGAAGCAAAUAAAAAAUUACAUAAUGCUCUAGAAUUCAAAGAACCGCGAGGAGAUACAGACGAGCCAAAAAUACGACUCACGUACAGUUCCUCGCCUUCCAGGGCGAGCUGUAAUGUUCUCGCCGAAAAAAUAGAAAAAAUCCAUCGACUACAAGACGGAUCUUAUUGCUCAGGUCAGACUCACGAUUUGCAAUUGCAUGGUCAUUUUCAAGCUUAAGGAUCUGCAUCCCUGAGGUAGAUGCGACUUGGUGAUCCGAGAAUCAAUAAUAUAGAUAUGAUCUUGAUGUUCGCAGUGGAUCGUGCUAUUCACGACCAAAGAUCCAAGGCAAAGGGCACGAUAAUGACAACGAAUUGCUCAGGGCAGCUCGUAUCGGUCUAAUAAUCG